CGAAAUUAAUCGUCCUUAGUCAGAGACUUUAUCAGUCAGAGUCAGUCAGUAGUCAUCGGUAGUCGGUGUGUCACUCAGUGCAGUGUUAUGUUUUGUUUUGAACUUUUGUGACUGAAACGUCUUGUUGACAAAUAUGCAGGAUGACCAAUCAUUAUCCCGGACCAUGGGGUCAGUGGUGCUCCAAGUGGGAGCCCUAGAGCUCUUGGCGCGGUAUUCCAUGAACUCUGGCAGAGCUACCAGCCUUCUGUCAUCGCUACAUGACUUCAGAAUGCAGGAGGUGGAGUUAGCUGGAGGGAAACAGUGGAAUUGGAAAUAUUUGAGGGACCAAUUCGACCAAAAAGAUUUAGAAGGACUGUACAGAAAGUAUGACGACAAACUGAGAGAAACGCUUAUUUAUAUUUACUUAACGUUAUUAGUAUUCUUCUCUACAGUACAUGUAGUCUUAGUUGUAGCUAGCACAUUUUCAGAGGUACCAACGGACCCUGAAAUGGAGAUAUUUGCAUUAAUCACGGUUUUCUUCCAGUCAAUUCAGUCGACAUCAACGUAUUUAACCAUGGGAAUGUACAUAUUGAGAAUAGCCAUACCUAUCUUAACUCUAUGGAAACCGUUGUAUUAUCCCAUGAAACAGAAAUGCUAUUGUAUGCCAAUUCUUGUUACUUUCAUCGUGACUUUGGAUCUCGCUUUAACAGACAUUGCUAUUAGCGUCUACAGUUACUUCGAAGGCAUUGCUUUAAGGCCAGCCUAUGCAACAAUGGCCUUACUAUCAAGCUACAUCUUCCUCCCAAUGAGGAACAACUUCUUGGUUAUAUUCCUCGGUAUCUUUGUCAGUACCAUCUAUGUUCUUAUCUUUGCAUUCUUCACGUAUGACCAGGACCCACAAAUCGGUAUAGUGGUAUCAUCCGAUAUAAUUUAUCUAAUCGGCGUGAAUCUGAUGGGAGUGUACUUCAGACUGAUGAAUGAAAUUGUAACGAGGCGUUCCUUCUUAGACCGGAGAGCGUGCGUUGAAAGUACGCUCAGACUCAAAUUUGUUAAGGACCAAGAGGAACGUCUGAUGAUGAGCAUCCUGCCUGAACAUAUAGUUUCUAAAGUACGUCAAGAUAUCAGAAAUAUGUUUCUUGGCCUCGAAACACGUUCUUUGAGCCACAAUAUGAAAUCAUUCAACCAACUGUACGUAGCAGAACAUGACAAUGUGAGCAUCUUGUACGCCGACGUGGUCAACUACACGAUGAUAUCCACAACUUUGUCUCCCAUGAGGAUGGUAGAACUACUCAACGAGCUCUUCGGAAGAUUUGAUGAAGCCUCUGAGGAACACGAUGUACUCAGGAUAAAGUUCUUGGGAGACUGCUACUAUUGCGUCAGUGGUAUACCAAAGCCGAGUGCUCAACACGCUAAGAACUGUGUCGAUCUUGGACUGGAGAUGAUCAACAUCAUUAAAGACGUCAGAGAAAAGCGUUCGCUGAACAUAGAUAUGAGGAUAGGCGUUCAUUCCGGGAAGAUCCUCAGCGGCCUCAUUGGUAUCAGAAAAUGGCAAUACGACGUUUGGUCGAAGGAUGUUACAAUUGCCAACAAAAUGGAGUCCACUGGAAAAGCUGGAAAAGUGCACGUGACCAAACAAACUCUCGAAUUACUCUUGGACUAUGCCAGGGAAUAUAUCAUUGAACCUAACUUUGAAUCUCAAAAUGAUCCCUUUAUUAUGAAAAACAAAUUGGAAACGUAUCUGCUAUCAAGACCAUCACGGGCUCUUGAAUACAAACCAUUUAGAAGAGCAUCUGUAGGCUUCAACAAAAUAAUAACGAAGACUAACACGUCUGCUAGACGAUCGGAAAAUAGAAGCGCUAAUAACUUCCGAAGAACAACUACGUUUAUGGAUGAAAAUUUAGUGGAAUAUCAGCAAAUGUUGAAAGCCGCUGAUGCUCAAAUGGCAAAGGAAAUAGAAGAUAUGACUAACGGAAAAGAACACUUUCGAAACGAGUCUAAAUUGAACAGAUUCACUCUGAUGUUCAAAGACUUUCAGAUGGAAAAGAAGUUCCUCUUGUUGCCCGACCCACUGUUUAAGUAUUACAUUACCUGCUGCCUCAUUAUCUUCUCACUCAUGUUGCUGAUUAACGGACUCACUACCAGAUGGUUCGAAGGUUUUCAAUGGUAUGCUUGGGUUUUACUUAGUGCUCUUCUACUAGCUUUAAUUUUAAUGCAACCCUUCACUUGGUUCCAAUUUCUAUGGACCAAAUAUAAAGGCUUCGAAGAACCAAGGAACAAAUACCUGCGAUGGAUCUACGACAUUUCCGCCAAAAUCAUAAGAUCCGCUAAGAUAAGAACUGUUAUUUACUUAAUGAUAAGUAUAAGUCUUGCUGCUACUUCUGUGGUCAACGUUAUCGCGUGCACUGAAGUUGAGGUGCCGGCUGCUGAAACUGUUCUUUCUAACUGUAUAUCUUCGUGGCAUGUGACUCAGUGUUGGGGCCUGGCCUUGCUCUUGAACUUUCUGUUCAGCAGAGUUUUCUUCAUAUUCAAAUGGAUCGUCGCUGGUGGAAUGACCUUCUUCUACUUAUGGAUCGUUUGGGAGAUCAAAACUUCGCUUUUUAUAGACGAUGUGGCUUGGAAUGUUGGACUGGAUCCUCGGAUUUCUCAUACUUUAGCUGUCAUAGUGAUAACCGUGACUCUGUACUGGAUUGAUAGGACUACUGAAUACAGAAACAGAUUAGAUCACUUAUGGCAAUUACAGCUGAGUGACGAACAAAGUGAGGCGGAGACUAUGUUGAAAGUAAAUAACAUGCUUCUUGAGAAUAUUCUCCCGGCGCAUGUAGUUCAAGUAUACCUGAAUCUAAACAGAUCUCUGGAUGAAUUGUAUUACGAAAAGUAUGACAACGUAGCAGUGAUGUUUGCAUCGUUAACUGAUUACAAACUUGGCAUGGAGGGAGACGCGGACAUGAGUGAUAAAUUCCUCUUGAGUAUUCUGGAUGAAAUCAUAUCAGAUUUUGAUAGAUUGCUUCUAACAGGAACUUCAGAUUACAAAGUGGAGAAGAUCAAGAUGGCUGGUUGGACUUACAUGGCAGCUUGUGGACUAGACCCGAGUAGGCGAGAGUCUAUAGACUCCGUAUCGAAUCAUGAAAGUCUCCAGAACAGCCCAUACAGUCGAGCUGUGGUGCUAACCAUGGUGGAAUUCGCUGCAGCAAUGAUGAUGCAGCUGCAGAACUUCAAUAGAGGCUCGUUUCAGAGCUUCGAGGGAUUAAACUUACGUAUUGGUAUGUCAAAUGGAGAAGUAGCAGCUGGCGUUGUAGGAUCACAGAAGCCUUUAUACGACAUUUGGGGGCAUGCAGUUAAUAUGGCAUCACGAAUGGACUCCACUGGUGAAUCUGGCAAAAUACAGGUGACAGAAAACACAGCCAUCAUAUUGGACGAAUGUGGCAUCCUCACGACCUGCCGAGGCGAAACCUUUGUCAAGGGAGCUGGCUACAUAAAAACCUACUUCGUGCCCCUCGACGAAAACUUCAACCUGAUCAAGAAGAAAGACAGCAUGGACUUCUACAGAAUCGAAGAUAGGAGCCGCUACUUCUUGAUGAGGGCCAACACAUUCAGUACUGGUUCCAACGAUAGGAUCAGUCCUGAUAUCUACAGAUACUCCACGUAUGAUGUUAGGAAGAUGUCGUUUGAUAGUCAGGGGACUGUCGACAGUUUGGAUACUGAGACUGGUAGAACGGCCACGCCAAUGGAAGACCCUGAUGCUGUUAGCAUAUCAUCAGAAAGCGAAAUAAAGGAUACACGUUGCUGACGAAGGAUUUUAAUAUAUUUUUUAAGUUUGUAGUGUAUUUUUAGGUUUUAAAGGAAUAGUUAAGCUCACUAAAACAUUUUUCACAUUGCAUAAUUUAUUUAUUUAAGUUAAUCAGUAUGUUUCAUACGCUUAUUAUUCUUUGAUGGUAAUGAUAGUUAAGUUUUAUAUUUUGAGUACGGUAGCAAUGAUUAAGGACAUAAUUUAGUCUCUCUGUUCGACUGGGUAAGCAUAAUUUUUCUUGAACCUCAAUACCUAUCUGAUUAUUUAUACUACGCAAAAUGUUCAAAUUAUUAAAACCCGCAGAUUUAGGCAGUAUUAAUAUAUGUUUUUGUUUGUACAUUUAAAAUAUAGUGAUCGUCACAUGUGUUUAAAGUACGUUUCAGAUUCCGACAACCGCCAUAAAUUACCUCAUUUAAUAAAAUAAACAGAUUCAAUACAUAA